AUGUUGACCAACAUUGACGAAGGAGUGAAUCUCGCUCGGAUGCAAAGAAGCGAGCUCUAUUACGCCUUCACACCCCAGCUCGUUGCAGCACGUCGCCGUUGUGGUCAAGCCGUUGACAGGCUCAACUGUGCUGGCAACUUGACCCGUAGAGAAAUAGCUGAGCACUGGAAAAACAUCACAAACAGCAAUCAACCUCUCCCGCCUACUGGGGCAACCGAAGAGGGAGAUGACGCCGUUUUGCAUGAGUACCCAUGGAUAGAGCGUCCAAUCAAAAUCGACUACGGGUACAACGUCAAAGUAGGCAGCAAUGUGUUCAUCAACUUUAACUGCACGUUCAUCGACACCUUUAUCAUUUCCAUUGGCGAUCGAGCUCUUGUGGGGCCCAAUGUAUCAUUACUAAGCGGCACACAUCCUCUUGACGGGCAUGUUCGAAAUGGCACCAGUGGCCCAGAGUUGGGUAAACCUAUCUCAGUAGGUGAAGACUGUUGGCUGGCGGCAGGUGUUACCGUCCUCCCGGCUGUGACAAUUGGCAAAGGAUGUACCGUCGGGGCGAGUAGUGUCGUCACAAAAGACGUUCCUGAUUAUCAUGUGGUGGCAGGUAACCCUGCCAGAAUCAUAAGGAAGCUUGAACCCCCACCAGCCACUGCUACAAAGACAGCUUGA